ACUAAAGAAUGUUAACGAGACCUACCCAAAUUUCACAUUCUCCAUGAACACAUACACCUUCAAGGAUGGAUCCCAGAAGGAUCUCCUGAAUUUUAGUGGUACUGUUCCAGUGAAGUAUGGUAAUUCCUAUAACAUACCAGUUCGUCUGUGGAUUCUGGAUUCUCAUCCCUUUGCUCCUCCCAUUUGCUUCUUGAAGCCAACUGCAAACAUGGGCAUUUCAGUGGGAAAGCACAUUGAUGCUCAAGGCAGGAUUUAUUUGCCCUACCUGCAAAACUGGAGCCAUCCUAAAUCAACUAUCAUUGGAUUAAUCAAGGAAAUGAUUGCAAAAUUUGAGGAAGAGCUCCCUUUGUAUUCACUGUCAUCUUCUGAUGCAGCCAGGCAAUCAGAACUUCUCUCCUACAUUGCAAAGAUUACUGAAGGAGAGACUGACAUGAAAUCAAAGAGUAAGUUUGGUGGAGGCAAAACUGAAGGGUGUUUUAACAAGAUUACUGUUGUUGGGGCUGGAGAUCUUGGCAUUGCCUGUGUGCUGGCAGUUGCAGCGAAGGGUGCUGCAGACAAGGUGGUUCUUUUGGAUCUUUCUGAAGGUGCAGCAAAAGGAGGGACCAUGGACUUGGAGAUUUUUGCUCUGCCAAAUGUAGAGAUCAGCAAAGAUUUUUCUGCUUCAGCUGAUUCAAAAGUUGUGGUACUCACAGUUAAUUCUCUGGGUAAUGCUCAGACUUACCUUGAUGCCAUACAGAGCAAUGUGGAUUUGUUCAGAGGAAUUAUCCCUACAGUAUCCCAUUAUAGUCAGAACUGUGUUCUCCUUGUUGCUUCUCACCCAGUUGAAGUAAUGACAUAUGUGUCAUGGAAGCUGAGUGCAUUUCCCAAAAGCAGAGUGAUUGGAGUAGGUACCAACCUGGAUACAGAGAGAUUUCAGUAUAUACUGGCAAACCUUUUGAAAUCACAGGUCCCAGCAAAAGAUGCUUGGAUUAUUGGUGAACAAGGGGAAGACAAAGUGCCAUCGUGGACCAGUUGUAAUUCAGCUGCAAAUCAGACAGAAGCAGUGGCUGCUCGUAACUCAUGGGAAACAGUGGCUAACAGAGCUAUGGAAGUUCUAAAGGGAAAAGGUCAGAGGUCUUGGUCUGUUGGGCUCUCUGUUGCUGAUUUGACUGACAGUAUACUGAAAGAUAAAAGAAAGGUUCAUUCUGUAUCCACUCUGGCAAAGGGAUGUUGCAGUAUAAACAGUGAAGUAUUCUUAAGUCUACCCUGUGUUCUUGGAGCCAAUGGAGUGAUUGAAAUGGUCAAACUAGAAGAUGAUUCACUAGUGCAGGAAAAACUGCAGAGCAGUGCAGGAUCAAUCCAUGACCUCCAGCAGCAACUGAAACUGUGAGCAAGCACUACCUCAGCCACGGGGUCUGCUCACUGCAGUCGUGGAUCUGCUAGGCAGAAAGGCUUGCUUGGUACACGUGGAUUUACACAUAAAGCAAGAAGGUGUUUUACUUCCCUUCUAAAAGGUGCUUUCUCCAUUUGGGUUUAAAUUAUUUGAUGCUGCACUGCACAGUAAUUUCUUGUUUGAGAGAUGCACUUUUGGUAGCCAAAAUGAGCAGGGUAACGUGCAAGAAUGUUUUACUUAAAUCCAGGUGACUUUUGCCUGUAGUUGGUUGUUACUACUUGUAGCCUGGUCCUUGGGGUUUUGUUAGCUCUUUGCAGCUCAUUAAGGGACAGUCUAGGAGAGCAAAUUAUCCAGCUCUGCAGAAGCUCCAGCUGAACUGUUUUUUACCUGCUGCAUUAGAGGCUUGUCCAGAAUAUGGUCACACUCAGCUCCUCAGGGCAUGGGGGAUGCAAUUCUAUAGCUUGAUCUUUCAUGCUUAUCAUAGGUGCUCUUAUGUCAAUGGACUGUUGCUUAUUACUAAGUGCAAAAAAGCUAAAAGCAGGACAUUAGCAGUAUCCAGACCUGAGACUUUCUGGUCAUGAUUGUUUGCUGUUAUUCUGUAAGGACGUUCAGAGUGCUCAAGCAUCUGCAGUAGUCAGUACACACAUGCUACUCUCUUACCCUGUGCAGUGCUGGAACAGAUGCUCUUCCUGAAAGGGAGGAGAUGGGGUGGGCCUCAAAUAAAGAGUGAAAUCUCACAGUGACCUCAUGCAGAAAUACCUGUGAGUUCAGGCCUUGAUCCAAAGCCAAAUUGUGUUCAUUGAGCUGUACAUCAGCCUGAGGAGAACACAGCUACUCGAGAAAGCAACCUAUAACCCUCCUUGCAGCAGGCCAAGGUGGAAAAGCAAUGGCAAAGGAGAUGUUUUUAAGAUAAAGACCUUUGGGAGAGUUAUAACUUCUUGAUUCACUAUGCUUGUAAAAGACUGUAUUCAUCCUGGUUAUAUCUCAGCAUCAUGAUGUAGGCAGAGAUGU